AUGGCUAGCGAGAUUGAAAUAGAGCAGCAACUUGCGCCUCUACGCUUGCUUGUCAAAGAACAGGGUGAUAGAGUAAGGGAACUAAAGGAAAGUCAAGCACCCAAAGCGGACAUUAGUCGAGCUGUUGCUGAAUUGAAAAGACGUAAAAAACAACUGGAAGAUAAGGAAAAAGCUUUGAAUCCCCCUGACGAAUUCAAUCGUAGCCAAUUAGAGACAUUAUUGAAGCAAAGAUUUUUCUAUCGGCCUUCAUUCUCUAUAUAUGGUGGCAUAGCUGGCUUGUAUGAUUUUGGACCGACUGGUUGUGCUAUGAAAAAUAAUUUAUUGCAGGAAUGGCGAUUGCAUUUUGUAUUGGAAGAAGAUAUGCUGGAAAUCGAAUCCAGUAGUUUGGCGCCAGAACCAGUUUUCAAAGCUUCCGGCCAUCUUGAUCGUUUUCUAGACUACGUAGUAAAAGAUGUCAAAACCGGAGAAUGUCUUAGGGCAGACCACUUAUUAGACGCUCAUUUGGAAAAACUGCUAGCAGAUAAAAAUCUAGAAGGCGAUAGCAGGCAAGAAAUUAUCAACUUGCGCACCAAGGUAGAAAGUUUAAGUCUGCAGGAGUUGGGAGACCAAAUAAAAAAAUUCGAGGUAAAAUCUCCAGUAACAGGCAAUAACGUUUCCGAUCCUAUGCCUUUCAACCUUAUGUUUCGGACGGAAAUUGGACCUAGUGGUGGAGUUAGCGGCUACUUGAGACCUGAAACUUCACAAGGGAUGUUUGUUAAUUUUGACUAUUUACUGGAGUAUAAUCAAGGCAAAUUACCCUUUGCAGCCGCUCAAAUUGGUUCCGCUUUUCGAAAUGAAGUAUCCCCGCGAUCAGGUCUUCUAAGAGUUAGAGAAUUCACCUUGGGAGAGAUUGAAUACUUUUAUCAUCCCAAUGACAAUGAUCAUUUCAAAUUUGACUCUGUUGCUGAUGUUGAAGUAACUUUAUUCCCCAAAGAUCAUCAAGUUAGUGGGAAGCCUACUAGGAAAAUGUCCAUUAAAAAUGCUGUGGAUGAGGGUGUUAUUGGCAGUCGGUGUAUGGGAUAUUUUCUUGGACGUAUAAGCCUUUAUCUAACAAAAAUGGGCAUAGAUCCUAAAUAUUUACGAUUUCGACAACAUAUGGAUAAUGAAAUGGCUCACUACGCCACAGACUGUUGGGACGCUGAAUGCAAAACCUCCUACGGGUGGGUAGAAUGUGUUGGAUGUGCUAAUCGUUCAUGCUAUGACUUAAAAUGUCAUGUUAAGGCUACAGGUGCUAGUCUAUGCGCUAGGGAAACUCUGAAAGAGCCAAUAUCCGUUACAAUUAAUGAAUAUCAUUCAUCUAAAGUAGGUAAAGCGUUUAAGGGCGAUGCUAAGAAAAUUAUGCAAUAUUUCAGUAAUCUAGACAAUGAUACAGCUGAAAAAUAUGAUAAAAUGCUAAAGGAUACAAGCCAAAUUGAAGUAGAUAUCGAUUCGAAGAAGUUAACAAUAAGCGAAGAUAUGAUAGCAGUUAAACGUUAUGAGAAAGAAAUUCAUGUGGUGGAUAUUACACCAUCUGUGAUCGAACCUUCGUUUGGAUUUGGGCGUAUCCUAUAUUCAAUUCUAGAACAUAAUUUUCGAAUACGAGAAGGAGAUGAGCAAAGAUCGUGGCUGUCUUUGCCUCCUCCCGUAGCUCCAGUAAAAUGUAGUGUUCUUCCACUUAGUGCUAAGAAAGAAUUUGAUCCUUACAUAAAGCAGCUAGCUAGUGAAUUAAAAUUGCACGGAAUUUCAAACAAGGUUGAUGACUCUGCUGGCUCUAUUGGUAGACGAUAUGCACGAACAGAUCAAAUUGGCAUCCCCUAUGGUAUUACAGUUGACUUCGAUACUGUCACCAAUAAUCCAGCCACUGUAACACUUCGCGAACGAAAUACCAUGCAGCAGAUCAGAUUAAACGCGGAUAUUGCGCCAAAGGUAGUCUCAGACUUGGUUAAAGGACUCACAACAUGGAAAGAAACAAUUACUAAGUACCACCUUUUUGAAGGUCAAGAGUCUAAGAAAUAG